GCCACAUGACCUGCUGAUUAGGAAACAUCGUGACCAUUAAAAUUACAGUCUCGUUUUGGGGAUAUAUAAUGAGCUUAAUUUCAUUCAUCGACUCGCUGACCAUCGUUCAACAGUGAUAUGAAGUUUCUUUUGUCUUUGUUAGUGGCCGCAUUCGCAGUCAUCCUGGUCUGCUCUGAGCGAUGCUUUAACUCAGGAGACUGCGCUCUAGAAACAUGCGCCAACUCCACCCUCACGUGCGUCCACGGAAUCUGCACGUGUGUCGCCUCACAAAAGUGUUCAAUGAUGAGUGACUGUACCGGUCUCCCACCCUGUGAGAAGCAUGGCGAGACUUGGCAUUGCUAUGACAACAUGUGCAAAUGUAUCCGAUUUCAUUGACUGAUCUAAAACUUAUUAAUCAUUUAUUUGUUUUGUACUUACGUGGAAUAAAUACUCACAAUUUUCAA